GUGCUUUGAUAUAAAUUAUACAAUAAUAUAUUUAACUGGUUAAUAAUAAAUGUUUAACAUUAUAACCAAUUAUUUUAAUAAUCACUAAUUAUUUUAAAAAAUCAGAAGAGUGUAAAUCGUGAAUCAAACAUUAAUUUACAGAGCAUUUGAGUUUUAUGUAAUUUUGAGAUAAUCGGAGAAAAAAUGACAGCAAUAUUAGGUGGAGGUAUUUCAGGAUUAAGUGCAGCUUAUUACGCCCUUGAGAAUCCAAAAUUAGGAUCUAUAGUUUUAUUAGAAGCAUCAAAUAGAUUGGGAGGAUGGGUAUGUACGAAAAAAUCACCAACUGGAGCAAUUUUUGAACAAGGACCUAGAACAAUUCGACCACAUGGUGAUGCUGGUAAAAAUACUUUGAAAUUAGUUGACGAUUUGAAAUUAGGUGAAAAAGUUUUAUCUAUACCUGUAAAUCAUCCUUCUGCACUAAAUAGAUUUAUCUAUGUGGAUAAACAAUUACACGCUUUACCAAUAUCAUUGAAACCAUUGUUUAAAACAUGUCCACCAUUUAAACGACCUCUAAUAAAAGCAAUUUGGAGUGAAAUACAUACAGCUUCCAUUCCAAGUGAUGAUGAAAGUGUAUAUAGUUUUAUAUCAAGGCGAAUGGGAACAGAUAUAGCUGAUAAUAUUAUUAGUCCAAUAAUAUGUGGAAUAUGUGCAGGUGAUGCAAAGAAAAUAAGUGUCAAAUUUUUAAUGCCAAAUGUAUUUAAAGGAGAACAAAAAUAUGGAUCUAUAUUUAAAGGAAUGAUUAAAGAAAAAUUAUUUAAUAAACUAGGACCAAGUAAUAUGAAAACUGAUAAAAAUAUUCCAAAAGAUCCACUUGAAAUGAAUUUAGUAGAUCGUUCAAUAAAGUCUAAUUGGGCUUUUUGGACAUUGGACGGUGGUUUGGAACAAUUGUCUCAAGCUUUAGCGAAUAAUUUAUAUUCUAGAAAUACACACAUUCGUCUAGGUACAGAGUGUAAAGAAUUAAUAUUUCAUUCGGAUUCCGUGGAAUUAAGAUCGGGAGGUGAGACAAAAAAAUAUGAACGAAUUAUUUCAAGUUUACCGGCGAAAGAUCUCGCUAAAUUAGUUAAAAAUCAACAUCCGGAAUUAGCAAACGAAUUGGAAGCAAUACCAACAGUUAAUGUUGGUAUCGUUAAUCUCGAAUAUCCUCAAGGAAUUGUACCUCAAGAAGCAUUUGGAUUUCUUGUACCACCUAAAGAGGGAUUGCCAAUUUUGGGAACUUCUUUUGAUUCCUGCAUUUCCCCUCAGGAAAAUGUGGUUAUGACAGUGAUGAUCGGUGGAGCAUGGUUCGAGGAAUAUUUUGGUACAAAUCCAACGGAAGAGUACUUAUUAUCAGUUGCUUUAGAACAAUUAAAAACGAUAUUAAAAAUUGAAAUACCACCACUCUCGCAAAACGUAUCGAUCCUAAGAAAUUGCAUUCCACAAUAUAUUGUGGGACAUAACGAUAGAGUAGAAAGAAUUAAAGAUUAUAUUUCGGUACAUAAACUUCCCUUAGGAUUGUGUGGCUCUUCCUAUGAAGGUGUUGGAGUUAAUGAUGUUAUUUUAUCAGCAAAAAAAGCGGUAUCUAAUGAUAAUUAGUUACCGAGUUUCAUUGUAAUUAAAAUUAUUAAUAUUGUAUUCGCAUUUCAUAUGAUUAUUCCAUUUAAAAAUUUGUACAAAGGCAUUUAGUAACAAUUUUUAAUAAAUCUGUAGUUUAAGUUAAUAA